CAUAUCCGACGUAUCACAAUAACCACCACCUAUCGCACUGAUGAAUAGUAGCACGGGCACUGUCGACUUCAAGGUCGGCGACGAGACAUACCAAACCUGGUACAACGUCGUCGGUGACCUCAAGUCGGGCAAACGGCCACUCGUCAUACUUCACGGAGGCCCCGGAAUGUCUCAUAUCUACAUGAUAUCCCACACCGAGAUCUAUUCGCUGUAUGACAUCCCAGUCAUCUUCUAUGAUCAACUCGGCAUCGGGAAAUCUACUCAUCUUCGUGACAAACCCACUGAAUUCUGGACCCCAGAACUAUUCAUGGAUGAACUCGACAACCUUCUCGUGCAGCUCGGUAUUGAAAGUGACUUUGACCUUUUGGGGCACUCAUGGGGAGGGAUGCUGGCUGCUGACUAUGUCGCCCAGCGUCAACCUCCCGGGCUUCAUCGUCUAGUCAUAUCCAGCUCUCCACCUUCAAUGCAGUUGUGGGAAGAGAGUUUGCUGGGAUAUCUUGAAGCUUUUCCGGCAGAGUUCAAGGAGAUGGUGUUGAAACACGAGAGAGAGGGCACCGUCUCAUCGACGGAGUAUAAAACAGCCAUUCAAGUUUUUAUGAGCAAGCACACAUGCCAAGCAAUACCCUGGCCCGAAGAGCUGGUUGCUGGGUUUGCUUCUGUGGAAGAAGACCCAACCGUGUCAAAUGCCAUGGCAGGGCCCGCAAUUUUCCACUUGACUGGUUCGUUGAGAACUUGGUCAGUGAUCGACCGCCUUCAUCGUAUUUCAUGCCCUACGCUCGUCACGAAUGGGCCCGAAGAGGGAGCUCAGGACUAUGUGAUCGCUCCUUUCAUCGAGAAAAUACCCAAAGUUAAAUGGGUCAGGUUUGCGAAGAGUCACACUCCGUUCUUUGAGGAUAGGGACGACUACUUCAAGGCUAUCGGUGAUUUCUUGAGGGUAGACUGACAGUGUUGGUUUCGGUCUUCAGAAGUUUCUACUACUUGUCUCGGGGUAUGUUUAUGACGAACGCGUACGAGAAUGUGCUUUGAUGUUGCCCGCUGAUUGAUGAUAAGACCAUGAUACGGGAAGAGUGUUUCGUUUGCGCACCUCAUUCGUAGUGUACAUCGUUGACUAAGUCCCUGCCACAUCAUGGUUCAUUGACAUUUCCUUUCGCGAAGGAGCUUGGUCCAAUGCUGAAGCGCUGAUGGAACAGUCGUCGGCAAGAUGUCGACAACUAAUUGCAUGGAAGUCACUUUACGUCAACAUCGACAGUAAAGAACGCUUGUCAAUAACGAUGUCGACAUGACUUGCGAGUGUCAACCGUUGUGGCGCCCGAUACUACCUAUAUCGGUUGCUAAUCAAUGGCUUUAUGCCAGUCGUGAAGUCUGCGGGUUUUAAUAAGGGGGUGAAUCGAAGAGAAGCCUUACAU